AUGGUGUCCUUUGAGUUCUUACGGAAAGUUCUGAAUCCUGUAUUCCCUUGCAACAUGCUGUUGCGAGGGUAUUCAUUAUGUGUUCUGAUGGUGGAUGUGGUGUGGGUGUUGGUGAAUGCCACAUAUGCUGUAUUUAAAGCAAUUCAUGAGGUUUUUAAACCUCCACCAAUGAAAUCUGUUGAAAAUGAAAAAGCCAUGGUGAUCGGUUCUGGAAGAGGUAUUGGUCGUGAUCUAGCCAUACAACUAUCAUAUCUUGGAGCGACAGUUAUAUGUGUGGAUAUCAAUGAAAUAAAUAAUAGUAAGACAGUAGCUUACAUUAAACGGAAAGGCGGAGAUGCCUUUAUGUACACAUGUGACAUUACCAAGAAAGAAAAUGUUGAUGAUUUAGCACAAAAAGUGAAGACUGAGUUAGGUUUUGUUAGCAUGUUGUUCUAUUGCUGUGGCAUCCCGAGCCCUAGAUCAUUACUGAUGACACCCAAUGAAGAUAUUCACGGAACAUUGGAUCUGACUUUAACAUCAUACUUUUGGCUCAUCGAUAACUUCCUUCCGGAAAUGAAAGCAAGAAAUCAUGGUCAUAUAGUAGCAUUAACUUCGGUAGCUGGACUCAGUUACAUCAAAGAUCAGAUGCCGCUCUGUGUAGCACAGUUUGCUGUUCAGGGUCUGGCUGAAUCGCUAAUGGAGGAUCUAAGGAUCAAUAAAAUUGAUGGUGUUCAUGUCACAUUGACACACAUUUAUCCAUUUAUUGUAGAGGAUAACUCUGAGUUUAAUUUAAAAAUUUCUAGUUAUUUCGGCACUAUCACUCCAUCAAAGGCAGCCAGUUCUGUUUUAGAGGGAGUUCUUCGAAAUUAUCCUGAGACUUCAGUACCUAAACAUUUUCUGUUUCUUGGACAUGUAUUACGCAUUCUUCCUAGAAAAGCAACCGUGCUUGUUAGAGACCUCUUAGACACCGGUGUGGAUUUCGCUUGA